AUGGAGGCGGCAGGAGCGUUGGCAAGUUUGGCGCCUUCUCCCAUCACCGUGCUGGGACUGAUACCACUCCUAGCUCUCGGAAUCACGUACUUCAGAUAUCAGCAAUUCGACCCAGAGUCAUACAUAGCGGACGUCAACACAAUAAUGCCGAUCUACGACUUUGUAAUAGUCGGCGGAGGGUCAGCUGGCGCUGUGGUCGCUUCGCGGCUCUCCGAAGUUGGCAACUGGUCCGUGCUGCUCCUUGAAGCCGGUCAGGAUGAAAACGAGAUAUCAGACAUCCCAGCCCUAGCUGGUUACACGCAACUCUCCGAAAUGGACUGGAAAUUCCAAACGACACCUUCGAGGAACCGCUCCUAUUGCCUCGCAAUGAACGGUGACCGCUGCAACUGGCCUAGAGGCAAGGUGCUCGGCGGUUGCAGCGUUCUCAACGCCAUGGUGUACGUCAGAGGUAAUCGCAACGACUACGAUCUGUGGGAGGCACUCGGCAACCCCGGCUGGUCGUACGAUCAGGUGUUGCCAUACUUUCUGAAAUCUGAGGACAACCGCAAUCCCUACCUAGCGAACACACCGUAUCACUCGUCCGGUGGAUACUUGACGGUACAAGAGGCGCCUUGGCGAACACCGUUAUCGGUCACUUUUUUAAAAGGUGGAAUGGAACUGGGUUACGAUUAUCGCGAUAUAAACGGUGCGAAACAAACUGGUUUUAUGCUGACGCAAGCGACGAUGCGGCGUGGGAGCAGAUGUAGCACGGCGAAGGCUUUCCUGAGACCAGUUCGAAAUAGAAACAACUUACAUAUAGCACUGGGGUCACAAGUUACGCGUAUACUCAUAAAUUCGGUCAAAAAACAAGCAUAUGGUGUGGAAUUUUAUCGCAAUGGAGAAAAGCAUAAGGUCAGAAUCAAGCGAGAAGUGAUCAUGUCAGCGGGAGCGUUAGCAACGCCUCAAAUAAUGAUGCUAAGCGGCAUCGGUCCCGCAGACCAUUUACGGGAACACGGUAUACCGCUCGUCGCGAACCUAAAAGUAGGUCACAAUCUUCAAGACCACGUCGGACUGGGCGGUUUAACGUUCGUCAUCAACAAACCGGUGACAUUCAAGAAGGAUCGUUUCCAAACAUUUUCAGUUGCAAUGAACUACAUUUUAUACGAGAAAGGCCCUCUGACUACCCAAGGUGUUGAAGGUUUGGCAUUCGUUAACACAAAAUACGCUCCACCGUCUGGGAACUGGCCCGACAUACAAUUUCACUUCGCACCCAGCUCCGUAAACUCUGACGGUGGGGAGCAAAUACGGAAGAUAUUAAAUUUGCGCGACCGAGUGUACAACACGGUCUACAAGCCGAUAGAAGACGCUGAAACGUGGACGAUAUUGCCGCUGCUCUUGCGUCCCAAGAGUUCAGGUUGGAUAAAAUUGAAGAGCAGAAAUCCUUUUCAACCGCCCUCAAUAGAACCAAACUACUUCGCUUACAAGGAAGAUAUAAAGGUGCUGACUGAGGGUAUCCGUAUCGCUUUCGCUUUGUCAAAUACGACCGCCUUUCAGAAAUACGGAUCGCGGCCUCACAACAUACCUCUGCCGGGCUGUCAGCAGCACGCGCUCUUCAGCGACGAAUAUUGGGAGUGCUCUCUUAAACAUUUUACGUUUACGAUUUAUCACCCGACCGGUACUUGCAAGAUGGGUCCGAAUCACGACCAGGACGCCGUCGUCGAUCCUCGGUUGCGCGUGCACGGCGUCGCAAACCUGAGGGUCGUCGACGCCAGUAUAAUGCCGACGAUAAUCAGCGGGAACCCGAACGCUCCCGUCAUCAUGAUAGCCGAGAAGGCCUCCGACAUGAUCAAGGAGGAUUGGCUCGUAUUAUGACAGUGUUUAGUGAUGUGUGUCUAUAGUCAUUGGAUGUUAAAACUAUUUAUGUCACAAAGUACUUUUAGUUGUUUAUGUUUAAAACAAUUAUAAUUAAGUAUGUACAUAAUUUUAUUAUAUUCAAACUUGUUAAUAAACAAUUUUAAACAUAA